CUAUGCCUCAUAGUGGGCUUCAAAUAGUUUUCAGUUGGAAUAAAACACUACGAAACAAUCAUUUUACAUGUUUAAAAAUUCAAAAGGAACGAAAAUAGAAUUUUUUUUGGGCUUCAAAUUAAUUACCAGACAGCAGAAGAAGAAGUAGAAGAACGCGGAGCUCGUAAUUUGCAGGUUGAUUUGGUGCUGCACAAAAACUUCUCAUACUCUGUGGUUGCAAUGGAAGCAGCUCUUAAUAACACUGCUUUAGGUUCUGAUCCAAAUCCCCCGGUUAUAUAUCGCUGCAAGAAAUGCCGUAGAAUUGUUGCUACAGAGGAGCACAUUGUUUCCCAUGAACGCGGAAGAGGGCAAAAAAGCUUCAAAUGGAAAAAGAGAAAUGCUGACGAUGACGUGCGGGUUCUUGAAUGCUCCUCUAUCUUUGUGGAGCCCAUGAAAUGGAUGCAAACAUUGGAAGAGGGUUGUGUGGGAGACAAGCUUCAAUGCAUUGGUUGCAAAGCUCGAUUGGGUUCUUUCAAUUGGGCAGGCAUGCAGUGCAAUUGUGGGGCGUGGAUUAAUCCUGCGUUUCAGCUGCACAAAAGUCGUUUAGAUGAGUGCCGUACCUAAUUUCUACCUUCAUCUCAUAUAUUUUGACAAUGAGACGCCUAAGGCUAUUUGUAAAUGCGUCAUGUUGUUAGUUCAGCUAUUUGGAAUGCUGAAAUGUUACUUACUAGUUCACCACAAGGGUGUCUUGUGUGUGACGAGGAUGUAGAUUUAUCCUCUUCUGAAAUUUUGUUGGAGCUUUAUAAUAUGGUGCUCUAUACUUUUUUUAGUAGUCUAAGCUUCUUUCUUUGCUGUUCUAA